GUUGACUAUUGAGGAUCCAUCCAUGAAAUGAAAUGAAGCUGUUGUUGAACAUUCUAAAUUACAAGAUCCAAAACCCAUAUAAAUAUUAUCAACAAAAUUGCUACGAGGUGUUGAUUGAAAAUGGAAGGUGUGAAGCUAAUUGCCACAACUCAAAGCCUGUUCUGCACAAGGAUUGAGUGGGCUCUAAAGCUCAAGGGUGUGGAAUACGAGUACAUAGAAGAAGACUUGAGAAACAAGAGUCCCAUCCUUCUCAAGUACAACCCUGUCCACAAGAAGGUGCCUGUGUUUGUGCAUGACGACAGAGCCAUUGCCGAGUCGCUUGUGAUCCUUGAGUACAUUGAUGAGACAUGGAAGGAGCACCCCUUGCUACCUCAAGACUCAUAUGACAGAGCCAUAGCUCGCUUUUGGGCUAAAUUUGCUGAUGAGAAGGUUGUGUUUGGAGCAUGGAGAGCUUGCACGGCAGCGGAAGGCGAAGAGAAGGAGACGGCAAUAGAGUCUGCACUAGAAUCACUAGCAUAUCUUGAGAAGCAGAUUGAAGGGAAGAAGUUUUUUGGUGGAGAAGAAAUUGGGUAUCUAGAUUUAGCAUUGGGAUGGAUACCUCACUGGCUGAAUACCAUGGAAGAAGCUGGAGGCAUGAAGCUACUUGAAGCAGAGAGGUUCCCAUCUCUGCAUGAAUGGGGUCACAACUUCAUCCAAAUUCCACUCAUCAAAGAAUGCCUUCCACCCAGAGAAAAGCUUGUCAACUAUUUGAACGCUAGCCUCACUUACUUGCGUUCAUUAUCAGCCAACAAACCCUGAUCUCAAUUAGUUGGCUUGGCUGCCAACAGAAGAGAAAAUAAAGAAACAUUUUUAUUUACAUCUGAAUCUGAUUACUGUUUUGAGUCUUACUACUGUUGCUAUUAUGUAUUGUUUUUACUUCCCAUUUGGGCUUGUGUCUUGCUUGUCUAUUUGUCUAAACUAGAAUUAAUGAUGCAUUAUCUUUCUGAAUGAAAAUCCAACUUUUGUGCUA